AAAAAAAAAAAAAAAAAAAAAAAAAAAAACCAAGAGCUACUUGAAUAUAAAAGUCAUCCUGUGCAAUGAGGUACUUAAGCAAAAGUACAUGUGUGCCGUCGUAUGUGUGAGUGAGCACAUUUCAUACGAAUGAACGGUAACAUGUCGCGUGUGUGAGUUGUUUUCCUAUUUUUCAACACAAUCGGUCGCUGGAAAAAGGAAAGCAAAGCUAGAGAAAAAAAGGAAAAAGAAAAAAAAAAACGAAAAAUGUAUUAAGUGUGUUGCUGUUUGCCAGUGGUCUGGAUGACAAGCAUCACUUAUACUAUUUUGCUGUUGUUAUUGUCAGCAAGUAAGCGUAACAACUCCUCUAUCUAUCUCGUCGUGUUGCCUCUUGUAUUCACCGGCAAACUUUAUAAUAUAACUACAAAGAUAAUCAAAAUAGAUUUCUAUAUAAAUACGUUUCGACACCCGUGCUUGUCCAUUCCCAGUCUGCACCUAUAUGCUCGUACUGAACAUUAGUAACCGGCCUUUUGUUGUCACUUUUGCUGCCGCCACUGCUGCUCCUGUUGCCGUUGUCAUUGCUACUGCUACUACUGUUUUUGUCGGGUUAGCGUUCGCAGUAUAGUUUACGCUUGAAUGACCUCAGGAUUCGGAUGUGCGAAUGUUAACAAUAUGAAAAUAAAUUGUAUAGCAAUUUACUUGACAGUCACUCUAGCGCUUCAAUUCGGUUUGAUGCUUAUUUUAUAUGUGCCCGCAGUAUUAGCUGAUGAUUGGUCACAAAGUUGUGCCUCGAAUUGUACCUGUAAAUGGACCAACGGUAAAAAAUCGGCAAUAUGCAGUUCGCUACAACUUACUACUAUACCUACGACACUCAGUACGGAGCUGCAAGUGCUGGUGCUAAACGACAAUCAUAUACCAUAUUUGAAUCGUGAGGAAUUCAUCAAUUUGGGUCUAAUGAAUUUGCAACGCAUUUAUUUAAAGAAAUCCGAGGUGCAAUAUGUGCAUAAGGAAGCGUUUAAAGAUCUUAAAAUACUUGUGGAAAUCGAUUUAUCCGAUAAUCGCAUUGAAACGUUAGACAAGGGUACUUUUAUGGGUAAUGAUCGUUUAAGAAUUCUUUAUUUGAAUGGCAAUCCAUUGAAGAAGUUAGUGGCGUAUCAAUUUCCCAUUUUGCCACAUCUUAGAACUUUGGAUAUACAUGACUGUCUAAUAUCUUAUAUUGAUGCUAUGGCAUUAGCAAAUUUGAAUUUAUUGGAAUUUUUAUAUUUGAAAAAUAAUCUGCUUGAGAGUUUGAGUGAAUAUGUUUUCCAACACAUGACCAAUUUAAAGACUUUGGUGUUGGAUGAGAAUCCAUGGCAGUGCAAUUGUAAAUUAAGAAAAUUUCGAACCUGGUAUAUAAGCAGUAAAUUGAAUAGUAUUACUUUACUAUGUAAGGGGCCGCCAGCGCAGAAGGACAAACCCUGGGAUCAGGUGAAAGAAGAACUCUACGGCUGUCCACCCAAAGUCGAAAUAUUUAAUAAUGAAGAUGUUCAGAAUAUAGAAAUUGGAAGCAAUACCACAUUUAGUUGCCUAGUUUAUGGAGAUCCUUUGCCCGAUGUUUCUUGGGAACUCAACGGCAAGCUACUCGAUAACGAUAACGUUAUUUUUGAAGCGGAAAGUAUAGCAUCCGAUAAAUUAUGGAGCAAUUUAACAGUGUUUAACAUGACCAGCCUGGAUGCGGGCACCUAUGUAUGCACGGCUACUAAUAUCGUAGGAGUGGGUUCUCAAAAUAUUAGCAUCUAUCUGACAGAAAUUGUGCAGCAUGUAUUAGUCAAGACCCCAGAGACAUUUUGGUAUUUUGGCUUGAUUAUGGGAACGUUUGGAACAGUUUUCUUACUGAUAUUAAUCUCGUUUGUGGUAUGCUUGUGUAAGCGCACCACCCGUCAACGCAGGCAUCCGCGAAAGCCAGGUGUUAAACCCAGCGUAAGUUUCAACGAUCAGGAAAAGAAAUUAUUGGAUCUAAGCAUAACUACUACGACCAAUGAUAGAGGCGAUAGCUGUUUGGACAACAACCAUAGCACAACAACAAUGAGUAAAACUGAGUCGGUGAUAGGUUUUGAGCCCAUUGAAAUACAUUCGGUGGAAAAUCAUAGAUCUGGUGCUCAUGGCCAUCACGGUAUGCUGAUGAACACUAGCAAUUCUGGUGGCCAUCAUCAGUUUAAUCAUCAACAGCAAUCACAUCACGCACAUAUGCCACCUACUAGCGGAACAGGAGUCAUGGGUAUCGCGAAUCGGCAACAACAGCAAUUAAUGGCAACGGCUGAUGGUUCAUGUAGUGUGGUGGGUAUACCCACCUCUUUGGCCUCCGCAGUAUCGGUUGCAGGAUCUCAUCCUAAUCAAAUACCCGAAGAAUUUCCUUUAAAUGUCGGCGUCUUUCCACCACCGCCAGAGUUUUGCUCCAACAUGGUACCAAAUCCAGCAUAUGGAAAUAUAUUUAUAAGUGUUUCGGUUACUCAGGAUAUGCUAGACGCUGCUGACAUUAACAUGUAUCCGGAUUUACUUAAUGUAUCCAAGCAUUUACCUGAUAUGUCUACGGUGGCUAUAAGUCAAGCUGGAACCAAUGCCAAUAAAAACGUGGAAACAUCACUGAAUUCUCCGACUUCUCAGGGCAACUCAGCGAGAACAAAUUCAAAUUUAAGUUCUUAUGCUACAUUGCCCCGCCAUAGCCAAAGACGUGGUAUACUAAAGAAGGACUCAUCGCUUCAACAUCAGCCACAUCCGCAACCGCUGCAACAAACCAACUUGUAUCCGCAUGAAGAAAUUGUUUCCUAUCACAAUUUAGAUACCAGUUACAGUCAAGGUUAUCAAGAGAGACGAACGAGCGGUGUAUUAAGCUUGCCACCACCCCCACCACCGCCCACAAUUUUACGCGAAAAAUGCCAUCACGUACAGCAACAGCAACCAAAUGCCACUUCCACCAACCACUGCACCAGUUGUUUGAGUAAUGCCCUGCAAGUAAAUUCAACUUCUUCUUCUUCAACCCCACCACUGGAUGCUACACCCCUACGACCAUUAAAUAAAACCUUAAGUAAUCAAACUUCUUGCCUCAAAUACGACAACAUGGGUCGACGGAUUACAGCCAGCGGUAAUUCGGUACUUUCGUUGCCUGACGAAGAACGUCUCGAAAGUGAAACCUUAUUUAACGAAGGCUUGCCACUUACCAAAACACCCGCCUCCAAGGCGCAACACGCAAACAAAACACAAGACUGCCAAAUAACAACAACAAAAACUCAAGUCAACACUCAAACUAUAACAACAACAAUACAAAACUGCAAAAAUGGAGAUAGCGGCGGUGAGUUCGUAUCACUCUAGUAUUAUGGGACCCAGGUGUAAGAUGUUAGAAACGAAUGAUAAAGUAGUUGUGAUGAUUUAAUUAUAAAAAUAAUUUUCUUUGAAGCGAGUCUUUCGAUUAUUAAUGCAAAUACGAAAUUGAAAAUCAUUUCAUCUUGCGGCAGAAAUGCAAAGAAAUAAUUUUGUGUAAAAAUAUUAAAAAAUAAAGCAACUAAGAGAUCUUUAUUCGCUUUGAAGCGAAUCGCAAAAACCCACUACCCAAAGUAACUGAACGCAGCUCAUUCAACUUCUUUAUUAACUCGGCGAUAGUAAACAGUUUUAGAAAAAUCAAAUUUAUUAUAAUUUAUAUUACGUCCGUCCGAAAAUAUAAUUAUUAUUUUCCGAUAUUGAGGCUUACAUAAAUAAUCAUUUCUAGUAAAAACAAGAAAUAAUGAAAUCAGUUUUAAUAGAAGGGAUAAGUCUACAGUUUGUUUGCCACGAUCGUUCGGACCUCUAUAUACGUGUAGGCAACGCGGCUGUAUUCAAAUAAUUUAAAUGAAAAAAAAGUUCUUGAAAAUGUCAAGGCAUUGAUUAAUGACUGGUUGCUUUAAUUUUCACUACUAUGCUAUUUCCUGCAUUUGAAAAUAGUUGCAAACAUGUUUGUUUCUUUGUAAGAGCAACUAACGCAUUUUUAUUAUUGCGAGCCUAGCUAAGGCAUCAUUUCUUAAACAUUUCCUCAACGCGAAUUUAUUUAGAUUUAUAAAUAAAAAGAAUUAAAAAUGCAAAUAACUGUGUAUUCGUGUCAAGCAAUGACAUUUUAUAAAAAUGUUAAUUAUAUUCGCGGACAAAAUAAAUGUAAUUUUAAAAAACUUUUUGACUUUCUGCGAUGCCAAUGCAAGACAGAUCGAACCAUUUGAAAAACUUAAGAGUAUCAGUUCAAAAGCAUGUACGCUAAAGCCAAACAGAUCAAUUAUUGAAUAGAACAAAAAAGAAUUAAUCCAUUUGCAAUAUAAAGCGAUUGCUCAAAAAGUCCUUCAAGUGAUAAAUACAUUUGAAUGAGUAUCAUAAAUGGAUAGCAAAAAAUUUGCUCUACUAAGGUGGUGUGUAUAUAACGUAUAAAAUAAAAUUAAUAGAUAAAAAAGGAGAGUUCUUGUAAAAAAUUUUCAUAAUUCAUGUUUUAAUAUAAUUUUUCAAAUUACACCGUAAGCAGUUCAAAUUUGUGUGAAUGUAAAUAUGAAAAUGAAAAUUUAAAAAAAAAAAAUUUAAAAUAAUAUAAAAUUAUUAAUUAAAAUUCUUAAAAUAUUACAGUUUCAGAUGUUUUAUAAUGGAUAAAAAUACUGUAGAUAUAUAUAUGUAAAUAUUUUUAUCAACAUCGCAAGCAUGAUUAGAUCAUAGUUUAGAUUAAGCAUCAUAGUUUUUUAGCUUUUAUCAUUAACAACUGGUUUUUAAAAAUGAUUCAUUUUAGAGGCUUUUGAAAAUAGUAGGAAAAAAAAUUAAC